AUGGCCAGGGAUCUUCCUUUCCCUACUAUAUUCCUGCUGCCCACGCAUUUCGGAGCCGAUGAGCUACCAGAAAUUGAAAGUCGGAUCCCAACAUUGACCUACGACAUCAAUGAGGCCAGGGUUGUUUUAGGAAAGAUAACGAAAAGGCCUCGCGCAAUCCUAGAACUUAGGUCUCGUAAGCUUCUCACAGAUGAAGUCAAGCCCACACUACCAGACCAAACCAUGGGCAAUAUGAGUAGCAGAGAUGCUAUGAAAACUAUAUCGAACGAACCACAACGCCCAGCGAAGCGCAGGAAGCUCUCUCCCUCCCCCCAACGCAUCCCCGCGUCGGGUGAUAGUACUGCGUCGGGCACCGAGGGUAGCUCCGGUGAAGAAGCUAAAAAUGGCCACACCGAUGAUGUGACAAUCUCAUCUGGUGGUAAAACUAGCCAGGGCAACACCAGGAUAGCUUGGGAAGUAGAUGAUUCGAUAGUGCAAGUUGUCCGGCUUGCAUGGUUUACCGACAGUCUAGCCAAGGACACGGUUUUACCCGUUGAGGAUUACUUAGUAUACAUGGGCCGAAAGACAGCGGCGCCAUGCACCAAGCCAAUUGUUAAUGCAGAAGACAUACUCAAACGCGCGAGGGAGGAUGGUACUGGUAGCCAGCCCGUAUCACAGGGUUGGUCUAGACAUAGACCCGCUUCACAGCAUCCGAGAACAACUCACGCGAAACGUCCACAUCUCGCGCAGGAAUCUACAUCAGAGCACGAGAGAACGGCAAGGCUCCCGCCUGUGCCGGACUACUUACGUAUGGAAUAUUCUUGCCAGCGUCCCACCGCCUUCAACAGCCCUAAUAACACAUUCAUCGGGCAACUUAAGAAAGUAAGGACACUCAGGACUUUGGAAGGGGACGAGGUAGGCGUUCGAGCUUACUCCACCAGUAUUGCCGCCAUAGCAGCAUAUCCAUAUCCACUCUCCUCUACCUCCGAAGUUGCCAGGUUGCCAGGCUGUGGUCUUAAGAUCGUAGAACUGUACAGGCAGUGGAAAGAAUACGGUGCCCUGGAAGAUAUUGAAGAGGCCGCCUCAAACUCGAAAAUGAAAGUCCUAAUGCUGUUCUACGAGAUAUGGGGCGUCGGAGCGAAAACAGCCAACGAUUUCUAUAGCCGUGGGUGGCGGGAUUUAGACGAUAUCGUCGAGUUUGGGUGGGACUCUAUCACCCGAGUUCAACAGAUCGGCGUCAAAUACUACGAAGAGUUACAAGAGAAGAUUCCUCGCGCCGAAGUUAAGAGUAUCGCGGACAUAAUAUUAGAGCACGCCAAUAAGAUCAAGAAGGGAUUCCAGAUGGUCAUCGUCGGCGGCUACCGACGAGGGAAGGCGGCGAGUGGCGAUGUGGACGUUAUCCUCAGUCAUCCCGACCCUUCUGCCACCGAGUUCUUCGUCAACGAGAUCGUGACGAGUCUCGAAAAGACUAAAUACGUCACCCACACGCUCACCCUCAGCACCAAGAAUAGCGAACGCGGACAGGCUCCUGUCUCCUGGAAAGGUGAAGAUCGCAAGGCCGGGAGCGGAUUCGAUACGUUGGACAAAGCUCUAGUAGUAUGGCAGGAUCCCAACUGGGACGAAGCCAAAGCCUCGAAGAACCCGAAUCCGCACAGAAGGGUUGACAUUAUCGUCAGUCCCUGGAGAACAGCAGGCUGCGCCGUAGUAGGUUGGACGGGCGGCACGACGUUCGAGCGAGACCUUAGACGUUACUGUAAGAAGGUAAAGCGGUUGAAAUUCGACAGCAGUGGCGUGCGCAUGCGCGAAGAUGGCGGCGAAUGGGUCGAUCUCGAGAGUGAUGCUGAUGGGAACCCGGCUCCGAAUAUGCUAACAGCUGAGAAAAGGGUCUUUGAAAAUCUCGGCUUGACGUGGCGGCCGCCAGAGGAACGAUGCACUGGGUAA